CAUGGGGCCUUGGAGCAACAUGAGCAUUUGGAGCAACACAAGUCUAUGGACCAACAUGAGUCUAUGGGCUAACAUUGGGAAUGAUAUGACUGCUGAAAACCUUGCUGGCCAGAUGACUGGUCUCCUAAACUCUGUGCUACCCCUCAUCCUUGGGCAGCAGGGUAUCAUGCCUUUCCCGCUGCCUUCUCCUGAGGUGUUCUCUGACAUCCUCCCUGUGCUGAUACAGAUCCUCGCUCAGCAGGCUAACCAAAGCAGCUGGGACAAGUUGGAGGGGAUGCUUGGGGCCCUCCUGUCGACCCUCAGGGACACCCCGGUGUGGGACUCUGUCCCCCCUGCUGUUUCUGUGAUGAGCCAAGUCAUGGGAGCCUUGGUCAACAACAUGCAGGCUGAGACAGCAUUCAUCUUAAGUUUCCAGAAGCCACUGACUGUCCUGAUGUCAGAGAUAGUACAGGCUGUGAAUGGCAGUGAUUUCAACAUGGCUGACGUGUCUGAUGGAAUGCCCUCGGCCAUCGAGCUGACCGUGGAAGCUGCCAUACAGGCUGCUAAUAGGAGUACGGCCUUGGAGUGUAGGCAGGUCCUGAAAGCCUGGGAGCCGGUUAGAGAGGCGGCUGGGCUGAGUGAGGCCAGCCUGGGCUUGUGGUGUAACAUCAGCCUGCUACCAGUCAUGGAGGCCUACGCUGCAUCCAACUAUGUCUAUGCCACUCCGAACAUGACUGGCAUGGGAAUGGGGCAUGGGACAGGAUCAGUGGACACUACAGCUGCUGUGAUCGUGGCAGCUCUGCGUUCGUUCUACUGGGUCCAGGUUAACCGCACCAUAGUUACUGAGCAGCUUGGUGCUAUGCUGUUCAACACCUUAUACCAUCUACAGGGACUUAAUAUGACCGCCGAGGACCAGGCUCACUGGAACGCACAGUUCCUCCAACUACAACUGAGCCAGAGUACUCAGGGUCUUAGGAUGAGCUUGGAGCAGCUGGAUGCCCUGGCCAUGGACAACCCCUGGAUGAGACCCUACCUCCUGGCUGUAGAGAUGACCCUAAACUACACUCUGGAGAACAGCCAUCUACUUCAGAAUACCACAUCAGCCCAGCACCUCCUGAUGGAAGCCCUGGAGAUGCUCCUCACUGGGUCUAAUCUCACCCAGGACUCCAUCCAGGCCAUACUCACAGAGAACAUCUUCUCCAGGCCAGACGGAGGGUCGAUCAACAAGCUGCUGAAAGACAUGGUCAGGGAGCUGGUCCGUGUACAGUUGUUGGGAGACUGGCCUAUGGUCUACGGCGUCAUGGAGCAGUUCCUAUCUACCAACGCCACAAACCUCAUCCUGGAGAAGGCUAUUGAGUUCAGCGGCUGGUGGGGCUCCUCUACCGCCUCCGGGUUUGACCUGGUAACCCAGGCUCUGCCCAGGAUGUAUGAGGUGGUGAAGGCCUUCUUAUCCACUUUGAGACAGAUGAGCGUCCCCUUCCCUCCCAUCUCUGAGAUGUUUGUGGAGCUAGCGGAGCACGUCAUCACCAUGCUCAGACAGGUAUCUCAGACCAGUGAUAUCUUCACCCCGCUGGACUACUACCUGAGCCAAUUACAAGGCGAGAUGACCGGGCAGAGCAGGAGUCCCUUCCCCCGCCACCAUGAGGGUGUGUCCAGGAGGGUCCGCCGCGAAUUGAUGAGGGAGGAGCCAAUGAAAGAGCCAAUGGAUGACUUCCUGGAUCUGUUCUACUUGGACUACCCUGUCUUGUUCCAGGCCCUGGCAAUGCCACCCACCAUGCCAGACAUCAUGGAGACCGCCCAUAUGUUCUUCGGCAACCCUGACCUGUCUGUAGUGCUCAAAGGAGUCUCCAGGGACAUGGGCAUGGUACCACCACCACUACCACCCAUGGGGAACGUCUCCAGGUCCAUGUCCAGGGCCAUGGCCGGAGCCGUGACAUGGGGUCCCUCAGUCUCCCCUCCUCUGGAGGACCCCAUCGACGUGGCCCUGGGAAUCCUCUCCUACCUCACCCUCCCCAGACAGUGGCAGGCGUACGGCCAGCUGUUCAUGGAGAUAGCCAAUGAAGACUGGAUCAUGGAGGAUUUGGCCAAGAUACAGAAGUUGUCAGCAGGCCUGGGCAAGAUGGUAGACCUGGCCAUGGUGCUGUCCCAGCAUCCCCCACUACAGGUCGCCCAGAGGGUGGAGCAUAUGGUGAGGCAGCUGAGUGCUGAGGUGGCUAGGAUCAUCUACAGUGGCUCCAACAAUGGAUCCAACAAGGCCGUUCAGUUUCUCACUGCCUUCAACGACAUCCUGGCUGAUAACCUUGAAGAGGUCUCGGAUAUCACAUCUCAGAUCAAUGCCAUCAUCCAGAACAUCCUCAGCUCUCUGUCCAGACCAGAAGCUUACAUGAGUCUGGAUCCGUACGUGAUGGCUCUAGACCAGACCAUUGUUGCGUUAACCUCUUACCUACCCACAGACAGCCUGAUGUACCUCAACACCUCUGGCCAGAUGGUGAAAGACUUCGCACUGCUGGUUGCACACCCACGGGACAUGAAGAAGAUGCUGAAGGCUACAAGCAUGCUCUCUGCCUCUCUGGACCAUCUCCUUGCCUCCGUUAGGGAGACAGCCCUUCCGGGCGGGAAGCCGAUCCAGUCCAUCACCCACCCUCUCCUCCUGAACAGUGCCUUAGCCACACAUACCCUGUUCAACCUCUCCGCUGCCAGUCACAACUUCAGCAGCCCUCAAGAGAAAGAGGCUAUGAUCAACCAGACUUUCCUUGCCCUGGUGGCCUUUCUGCCUGAGGACCAGAGGAUGUGCGUCCUCCCUCUGGAGCCGGUCCUCCUCGCUGCACUCUCUGGGGUCUCCAACACGGCCCAGAUCCCUCCAGCCUUCCUGGGGAUCUCCAAGCAGGUCACCCUGUCUAUCCUUACUAUGCUCAACCUAACCAACACCCCAACAGGGUACCAGGGGGCCAGUGCUGGUGCCAUGGUCCAGGGCCUGUUUGGAGUGUCACAACAGGUGUCCACCAGCCUGUGGGAAGGUUUAUCAAUGUCCGGAUCAGCCGUCCACGUACCUGCCGUGUUGGCAUCCCUCAACCAGGCUGCCAUGGCUGUGGCGCCCCUGAUGCCCGAUGGCGGUGAACACUACUUCAACGUCUCCCUCCAUAUCUUGCACAUCACCGCCAUGGCUAUCAACUACACCGCCACCACUGGGGACAUUGCCGGCGCUACGGCUGUCAUCUCCAGCUCGGUUCAGAGUCUCCUGGUAUCUCUGUCUUCAUACCCCAGCCUGCAGACAACAGGCAGUAUCAUAGGCGACCUGGAACAUGCCAUCCAGAAGAUGUUGCAAGUGUUACAGUCAGGCCGAGGCCCCCUGGCCCAGACUGCUGAUAUCACCCAGCUGCUUCUCCAUAAUGUUCAGGGUCUCCUGGGCCUGGCAAACACUAGCAUGGAGGCCAGCGUGGCUCGUCUGGUACUGGCUGCAGCCAAGAUGAACACUGGACAUUUGCUAAUGAUGAACGAGACCAACUGGACACACAAGUUGUCGAUGGUUCUGACAGACAUAUCUAACAGGGUUCCUGAGGACAUUCCCUGUGCUCCCCUUAUUAAGAACAUCACAAUGGGCCUGGCCACUGAAUCACAAGAGAGCCUCCACCUCCUGCUGCAGACCAUCCAGUUAGGGUCUGAACUCUUCAACAGCAGCUGGUCAGAUGGAAACUUCAGCAACAUACUGGUCCACCUGACCUCUAAUGUGUGCACGCUGGAGGAUAUGGGCUCUAUCCAGCAGUUGAUGCAGGCUCUGUCUCUUGGCCCAGGGUUCCUGUGUGAGACUGCCAUGCCCAUUCUCCAGGCCUUCCACAUAAUGACCCGGAGUCUGUUCCAGGACAGCUCUGACCUGUAUGAAGCUCUGUUUGAAACCUUCGUAGGAGACCCCAACACCUACAAUGUCAACACAAACUGGACCUCUGUACUCACCCAGGCGCUUGGCCUGAACAUCAGCAGCCUGAAGACACUCAACAUCAACAUGACCUCUCCAGAAGUGGUGAAAAUGUCGGAGCUCUUGAGAAACAAGACAGCGUUCGCUCUGGCGGUCCAGCGUCACACUGACAUCCCACCUGAGAUCCUCCACCUGCUGAUGGAGACCACCAUGCCUAACAGAAACUUCCAGAUGCUAGCGUGGCUGGCUAACAUGCACCACUGCAGGGACCCAACAAGCCUGCAGAUGAAUAGCACAGAGCAGCUCCUCUUCCAGGUCUUCUGCAACCUGCCUACAAACCAGUGGUACAACUUUGUGGUCAUCGUGGCUCGCUACAUCCACAUGGAGAAUGUGAUAUACAAGCUGAUGCUGUCCAGUGAGAUGCAGAGCGUGGUGGGGUUCAUGCUGCAGAUGGUCAAGUUCCUGACGGACAUGAUGAGCAAGCUGCUUCCUGCCGUCGGCCGCCUGCAGGACUAUAUGUUCUCCAUACGAGACCUCAACCUGGUCUCUGACCCAGAGUUCCGCAGCAUGGUGCAUGGUAAAACCAGAUCAAUGUCCAGCAGAGCGACAUUCACCACUGUGUCCAGAGCCAUGUGUAACCAUGGCAUCAUGUCCCUGUUUGGCAUCUCUAAGCUGCCCAUCAUGACUGAGACAGACCCCUCCACACAGCAGGAGCACAGGGUGGAGGAGCUGGUCAACAAGUUCAAGAUCCCUCGCAAUGCCACUCCUUUCUGUAUGAACUUCUACCUGGACAUGGUGAACACCACUGGAGGAGCCAUAGCCUGGGCCUUCCUCAAGCCGAUGCUGCUGGGACAGGUCCUCUACAGCCCAGACACACCACUCACUAGGGCCAUCAUAAAAAAGUCCAAUGCCACAAUGCAGCAGUUUGCCAACCUGAAGAUGUACUCCCAGGAUUGGCUCCAGUCCUCUUCCUACAUUAUGGACUCAGCCAAGAUACUGAAUCAAACCCUGCCAAUGCUCCAGAAUUCCCUUGGCAAUUCCUUUGUUCAGAAUUUCAUCGAGAUGCAGACAGACAUUGAUGUGAGCAAGAUGAAGGAUACUCUCAAGAACUUCUCAAGCACGACGACCCUCCUGGAGAAGAACAAGGACAUUGUGACCCAGAUCACCACUCUGUCCAACCUGAUGAUUAACCUAUCCUCCUGUAUUAACUUUGACCGCUUCCACGGCAUCAACUCUACUGACGACCUCAACACCAUGGCUGAACACCUCACCCAGACCAGAGACCUCUACGCCAGUAUCAUCUUCAAGCUGCCCAAGGAUGAUGAUGACUCACACAGGAAGCGGCGAGACACCUCAGGCUCCUCCUCCUCCGCGCUGCCUCCCAAGGUGGACUACACCAUCCGCAUGUCCAUCGAGAACGCCAUGCGGACCGACCGCUCCCGCAACCCUUUCUGGGUGAAGGACCCCUACAUCUCCUCCUUGAAGACCCAGCGCUACAACCGAGGCUUUGUAUACCUGCAGGAGAGCAUCGACAGGGCCAUCAUAGAGACGCAGACAGGACAGCAGGUCACUGAGCCAGCAGUCCAGCUACAGGCCUUCCCUUACCCCUGCUUCCUCAAGGACGAGUACCUGAACAGCAUCGCGUUUGCCUUCCCUCUGGUCUUGAUGAUUGCCUGGGUUCUGUUCAUCGCCAACUUUGUGAAGAAACUGGUUCAUGAGAGAGAGCUCCGACUUCACGAGUACAUGAAGAUGAUGGGGGUCAAUCCCAUCAGUCACUUCUUCGCCUGGUUCAUAGAGAGUGCAUGCUUCCUUAUCAUCACCAUAAUCAUCCUCACCAUCAUCCUGAAGGCUGGGCGUGUCCUGCCCCACAGUGACAGCUUCCUGCUCUUCCUCUACCUCAGUGACUACGGACUCAGCAUCCUGGCCAUCAGUUUCCUGGUGAGCUCAUUCUUUGACAAGACCAACAUCGCGGGGCUGAGCGGCGCCCUCAUCUACGUCAUCAGCUUCUUCCCAUUCAUCGUAGUGAUGUCAUUGGAGAGCUCACUAUCGUUCUCCGCCAAGAGCGCCCUGAGUUUGUUUGCCCCCACCUGUUUCAGCUACGCCAGUCAAUACAUCUCUCGCUAUGAGAGCCAGGGAGAAGGCAUCCAGUGGAGCAACCAAUAUAUCUCACCCCUGGCCGGUGACACGUCAUCCUUCGGCUGGCUGUGUUGGCUUCUCCUCAUCGACUCAGUUUGCUACUUCAUCAUUGGAGCCUACAUCCGCAUAGUCUUCCCAGGAAAGUAUGGCAUUGCUAAACCCUGGUACUUCCCUGUGAUGCCCUCAUUCUGGGCUGAUCUCUUCUGCUGCUGCAGCAAGGUCCCUGAGAAGGUCAACAGGGGACUGCUCUUCUCCAACAUCAUACGGAAUAACCUCUCUGUCUUUCCCAAUGAGAAGGACAACAAAGCUAAGGGGGGCUUCCCCUCUCAUAUGGAAGAGGAGAUCUCAGGUCUUCCUGUGGGUGUGGCUCUCCAUGGACUGACUAAGACCUAUGGGGACAGAGCAGCCAUAGAGAACCUGAAUGUCAAAUUCUAUGAGGGACAAGUCACUGCACUGCUGGGACACAACGGAGCUGGCAAGACCACUACCAUGUCUCUGCUCACUGGUUUGUUCGCCCCCUCCUCUGGUACCAUUGAGGUGUAUGGGAAGGACAUGGAGACUAACAUUGAUGACAUUCGCCGGGAGCUGGGUGUGUGCAUGCAGUAUGACGUCCACUUUGACCAUCUGACCACCAAGGAGCACCUGCUACUGUACGGACAGAUCAAGGCACCACACUGGUCACAGAUGGAACUGAAGGAGCAAGUCCGCAAAAUCCUGGAGGAGACUGGCAUGUAUGCCCACCGACACAAGAGAGUGGGGACACUGUCUGGAGGAAUGAAGAGGAAGCUGUCCAUCUCCAUCGCCUUCAUCGGGGGCUCUCGUCUGGUGGUCCUGGACGAGCCCACCACCGGGGUCGACCCCUGCUCCCGACGCUCCAUCUGGGACAUCGUCAUCAAGCACAAGAAAGACCAUACCAUUAUCCUGUCUACCCACCACCUGGACGAGGCAGAGGUGCUGAGCGACCGUAUAGCCUUCCUGGAGAGAGGAGGCCUCAAGUGCUGCGGCUCCCCCUUCUACCUCAAAGAUAAGCUGGCCCAGGGAUACAACCUCACACUCACCAAGAAGGUCCAGGCCCCAGACUCCCAGGCUAGGUUUGACGGAGUCGAGGUCAAGACGUUCAUCCAGUCCUACAUGCCAGACGCUCGUCUGAAGGAGACUGAGUUGGGAGACCUGGUCUACUCCCUUCCCCCAUUCAGCUCCUCCAAUGCUGAGGCCUACCGCUCCCUGCUCUCCAGCCUGGACUCUAACCUGGACCUUCUACAGCUGGGCUGCUACGGCAUCUCUGACACUACCCUGGAGGAGGUGUUCCUCCAGCUGACCCAAGAUGAGACAGAGCCUGCAGAAGAUAAGCCGUAUUCUGUGUCUGAAUCCAUGCUAGACCUGUCUGCCUCCAGAGACAGCUUACCAGAGGACCUCCAGAGCAACUCCAGCUUCGGAGACAAAGCCAGUCUGACGGGCUCGUCCACAGUGCACGGCCUGGCCCUGACCUGGCAGCAGGUGACUGCUAUGUUGAUGAAGAGGGUUCACCACUCCAGACGGGACUGGAAGGGUCUCUUCUCCCAGGUGGUUCUACCUGUUUUGUUCAUCAUCCUGGCCAUGGGUCUGGGCUCCAUCAAGAGUGACCUGCAACACUUCCCAGAGAUGGAGCUGUCACCUGCCCUUUACCACCUCGGACCACAGUACUCCUUCUUCAGCAACCAGAAUCCAAACUCCAGCAAUCUGGUCAACACUAUGAUGUCAUUCCCUGGGAUUGAUAACGGGUGUCUGAACAGCCCUGGUAAACCGCUCUGCACUAGAAGCACCAAGUCUGACAGCUGGGAAACUAAAGGAGACAGUUCAGUGCCAUUUGAGUCCUGCAAAUGCACCAAAUAUCAACAGGUGUGUCAGAAUAACCAGUACCAGCCUCCCCAUAAGAUGAACCCCUCCUCCCAGAUCGUCUAUAACCUGACUGGCAUCAACGUUGAAAACUAUCUCCUGGCUACAGCCAAUAACUACAUCAGGAACAGGUAUGGAGGCUUUGUUUUCGGGGAGCCACUCCCAACUAGUCUCCAGAUGGACCUCUUGGAGGUGCCUGUAAACCGGACCCUCUCCAAGGUCUGGUACAACCCUGAGGGUCACCAUACCAUGCCUGCAUACCUAAACAGCCUCAACAACUUCAUCCUACGUACCAGCCUUCCAGCCGGCAAGGACCCACAGAAUUACGCCAUCACUGUGUCCAGUCAUCCCUAUCCUGGUGAAGUACAAGAAGAAGAUGCCAUGGUGCAAGGUCUGGUCCAUAUCCUGGUGGCUAUGUGUGCCCUGACUGGCUACUCCAUUAUGACGGCUAGCUUCGUGAUCUACGAGGUCCAGGAGCACCACAGCGGCUCCAAGAGACUGCAGCACAUCUCUGGGAUAGGAGAACCCUUCUACUGGGUUAUCAACUUCUUCUACGACAUGGCCUUAUACAUGCUCCCAGUCGCUCUUUCAAUUGCCGCGAUAGCAGCCUUCCAGCUCCCAGCCUUCAAUGACAGGCAGAACCUUGCUGCUGUCAGUCUGCUGCUGGUCAUGUUUGGGUUUGCCACAUUCCCGUGGAUGUACCUGCUGUCAGGGGUCUUUAAGGAUGCAGAGAUGGCCUUCAUCAGCUACGUGUGCAUCAACCUCUUCAUCAGCACCAACACCAUCAUCUCCACCUCCGUCGUCUUCUUCCUGGGACAACUCAAUGAGAACGAUGAGAGGAUACACGAGGUGUACCGCAUCCUGUCCAAUGUGUUCCUGAUCUUCCCCCAGUUUAGUUUUGGGAACGGCCUGAUGGAGCUGGCCAGGGUUGAGAUGCAGGUUCAGAUCCUCAGUGUGUAUGGAGUGGACGCCUAUAAGAACCCCUUCGCCAUGGACAUGCUGGGCUGGAUGUUCGUCUCCCUCUUCCUCCAAGGCUUCAUUGGCUUCACCCUGCGUCUGCUGCUCAACAAGUGGCUCAUACGUAAAGUCAGGAUCCUAAUCUUCCCCAAGAAGGCAGUGCCCCAGUCUGAUACCCAGGACGAGGAUGAGGACGUGGUGGCAGAGUGCCAACGUGUGACCAGCGGAGCGGCCGUUACUGACCUGCUACAGGUCAACCAGCUGACCAAGGUCUACCAACACCUGGCCAAGAAGAUCCAGGCCGUCAAGAGGCUGUCUGUGGGCAUUCCUGCUGGGGAGUGCUUUGGUCUACUGGGGGUGAACGGAGCAGGAAAGACCACCACCUUUAAGAUGCUGACUGGAGACAUCAGCCCUACUGAAGGGACAGCACAGAUCAAGGACUGGGAUGGGAGGAUGGUUGACAUCAUUGACUGCCGUAACGAGGGCAUCAACAUCGGCUACUGUCCCCAAGUGGACGCUCUGGAUGACCUGCUGACAGGGGAGGAACACCUGUACUUCUACGCCCGCAUCCGAGGCAUCUCCAAGAGGGAGAUAGACCGGGUGGUCAAUUACCUGCUGAAGAAGCUGGAGCUGGGGUACCAUAGACAUACCAUCAGUGACAGUUACAGCUGUGGAACCCGUAGGAAGCUCUCCACUGCCCUGGCACUCAUAGGACACCCACAUAUACUGCUGCUGGACGAGCCUAGCUCAGGUAUGGACCCUCGCUCCAAACGUCACCUGUGGAAGAUCAUCUCAGAGGAAGUCAAGGGGAAGUGUGCUGUAGUUCUCACCUCUCACAGUAUGGAGGAGUGCGAGGCGCUUUGCACCCGUCUGGCCAUCAUGGUGAAGGGUCAGUUCAGGUGUCUGGGCUCCCUGCAGCACAUCAAGAACAAGUUUGGCAGCGGCUUCACGGUGAAGAUGUACCUGGCUGUGUCUUCCUGUGACGUGGAGGUCAUCACCAACUUCAUGCAGCACCACUUCCCCAGCACGUACCUCAAGGACCAGCACUCUUCCAUGGUGGAGUAUCAUGUGCCUGUAGCACCUGGAGGUGUGGCGGACAUCUUUGACCAACUGGAGUCUAACAAGGCCGCUCUGCAGAUCAAGCACUUCUCUGUCAGCCAGACUACCCUGGAUGAGGUCUUCAUCAACUUUGCCAUGGGGAAGAUUGGCAUCGAGACCAUCCCAAUCCACAGCGAAGAAGAUUCCGAAGCAGACAGCAUCAGCCUCGAAUCCAUCGCGGCCUCAGAAACGUAGCUUUGGCGGCCAUCUUGUUCACAAUGUGUCUGUCUACAUGUCUGUCUGUCUGAAGACACACACUGUGAAGGAAGAAGAUAAAUAUUCACGCUAGAUAGAAAUUAAUAAAUUGAUCUAUGUUUUAAUAAUAAUGGAAACAUUUAAUAUAUGAAUCAACCUGUAAUCACUUUACUUUAUUUUAAUUGUAUAAUUUCUCUUUGGUACUGUUCUCAGUUUAUCAAAUCACUUUUAUACCUUAUGAAGGAUAACUUAUGAAGUGACUUUGUUGCGACUUUGGACUGUUAAAUUGAACAGGGUUUGUCUCUUGUUAUUUCAUCAGGUAAUGAGAAUCAAAGAGAUGUGAACAUGCUUCUAUCAUGUAUCUUCACUAAUAUGUGUCGAAAUCCUAAAAAUGUAAUGGCCUUCCUUCCUCAAUUAUCUGUUUACUUGUCAUGAACAAAAUAUAUAUUAAUGGAAAUCAUGCCCAAGAUCAAAUAAAUGGUAUUGUCAUGUUAUUAUCAUUACAAAUCUAAGUACUGUGGUGGAGGCACUGAUCUUUAGCAACAGUUGUAACCUUAGAGAGAUGCGCAUUCCAUUGGUGAAACUCGUAUCUUUUGUUGAUUAAAUUCUAUUGAUUUGGCCCAUUGGUUAGAAUUAUAUAUAUAUAUAUAAUAAGCUACAUCAGUGGUUCUCAACUGGUUUUGCCUCGGGACCCACAUUUAACCAGGUUGUCUCAGUUGUGACCCAAAGGAUCGGCAAAAUACAAUCUGGAAAACGAUUUUAAUGCUAUAUUGAUAUUAAAUGUAGCAAUUACAUGACAAGGGAA